ACUUCACAUAUAAAAAUUCUAUAGCUCUAAAUAAAUUUGUUUCAGAAAUUUCAAAAACUCAUUAUGCUUGGCGACUUUCCUAUUAAAGUUGUCAACAUAAUAAUGGAAAAAGUGGAUCCUAUCGAAAGACUCACAAUCAGGAAAGUAUCUCGAAAACUUCGAAUUUUAAUAGAUCAGAUAUCGGACCUCUUCGAGACAAUUCGAAUUGAUAUUGAAAAUACUUUGACAACUAUUUACUUGAACAACAGGAACAUUUUUUAUAAGGAAAAUGGUAUUGUGGAGUUUGAUGGGAAACGCAAAGUGAUAGAAGGAGAGCUUCACACAGGGAUGGCGCUCAACGAUCUGAAAAUUAUAUUACAAAACCCGAAUCUAAACCUUCAAGAUUUCACCAUAACGUUUUACGUCAAUGGGGAUAAUUCCAAAAUACGAGAAACUUAUCUGAAAAUUAUUCAAAAAUUUUGGAGCACCUUAAUCUGCAUAAAAUCCCAGAGAUCACUAAUUGGAGGCUUCACGUUUGGAGAACUCGUGUACGUUCUGCCAAAAUUCAAAGCUCAAAAACUAGAAGAUUUGAGACUGGAUAUGUGCCAAAAGAUUAAUGACGAAAGGUAUAUAAAUGAGCUAGUUCAAUUGGAGCAAUGGAAACAAGCAAAAUCAGUGGAAUUUACAAGAAAUUAUUUGCUGGAAAUACCGAUCAGAAAUUUGAUUCAUUUUUCUCGUUGCGAACUUACGUUGAAAAAUAUUUUGACAAAAGAGGAUGUUCUUUUAAUCAAACAAGCUCUUCACAACAAUCCUGCUACCAUUGAAUCCUUAUAUUUUGGAACACCUAUAUCAGAUCCAACCGAAAAUUUGAAAAUUUUUGAGCCACUUCAUGCUGGCGGAGAGGGCUCAAUCAAUUAUGAAAUUGGAGGUUUUCAAUUCGAAAUUCAUUUUUACUCUGAUUUCCUUCAUAUUAAAAAGAAAUAUAAAAACAUUUAUGAGUUUCAAUAAAAUUGUACUUAAAUGGAC